GCCCGGUGCGCGAUGCGGGCGGGCGGGGAGGCGCCGCACCAGGUGCUGGGCCGGCUGCGGUUCCUGCUGCAGUGCAGCGAGUGCUUCCGCCGCGCCCGGGCGCUGCCCGCCGCGCUCUGCUACGUGCCCAAGGAGGUGCAGUACAAGAUCUGCAAGGACCCCGCGGCCGCCGCCGCCGCCGCCGCCGCCCGCAGCCUCCUGAGCGUGUGGGACAGCCCGGGGCCGGCGCGGGGCGGGAAGCGGGCGGCGCGGGCCACCAUCGAGGUGCGGAAGGGCGGCUGCCUCCGCGCCACCGGCGAGGAGUACUGCAACGGCGCCGGGCUCUGGGUCAAGCUCAGCAAGGUAACGCGGGGGCGGCAGCCCGCGGAGGGCCUGGCCCGGCCCGGCCCGGCCCCGUCUGACCGCCCGCUGUCCCCGCAGGAGCAGCUGGAGGAGUACCGGAGCGGCUGCGAUCUAGAGGAGGGCUGGGUGCUGGUGUGCAAACACGCCGACGGCGGGGACCGGCUGGUGCCCGUGGAGUCCACGGAGCGGAUCCAGCGGCAGCAGCAGCUCUUCGGGGUUGACUACAAACCCGUCAUCAGAUGGGAGCAGGUGGUGGAUCUGACGUACUCCCUGCGCCUCGGAGCAAAGCCCAGGCCCAUGGAGCAGGAUGAGGCUGCAGUAGAGAAGCUUCGGUUUGUGCCCCCAACGUGGACUUACGAAUGUGAUGAAGACCUAGUGCAUUUCCUGUAUGACCACAUUGGGAAGGAAGAUGAGAACUUGGGCAGCGUUAAGCAGUACGUGGACAGCAUCGAUGUCUCGUCCUACACGGAGGACUUCAAUGUGUCAUGCUUGACCGACAGCCGCGCUGACACGUACUGGGAGAGUGAUGGGUCCCAGGGCCAGCACUGGGUGCGGCUCAACAUGAAGAAAGGCACCAUUGUCAAGAAGCUGCUGCUGACAGUGGAUUCCAACGAUGAGAACUUCACACCCCAGCGGGUCGCUGUGUACGGGGGCGAGGGAGACAAUCUGAAGAAACUGAACGACGUCUGCAUUGAGGACAGCUACAUUGGGGAUGUGUGCAUCCUUGAGGACAUGACAACACACCUGCCUGUCAUCGAGAUCCGGAUUGUGGAGUGCAGAGAUGAUGGGAUUGACGUUCGUAUCCGAGGCAUCAAAAUCAAAUCCUCCCGGCAGAGGGACUUGGGGCUCAGUGCUGACAUGUUCCAGCUGCCCAAUUUGGUGCGCUACCCUCGCCUGGAAGGGACUGACCCUGACCUGCUGUACCGGCGGGCUGUGCUCAUUCAAAGGUUCAUCAAGCUCCUGGACAGUGUCCUGCAUCACUUGGUGCCAGCUUGGGACCACACUGUUGGCACGUUCAGCAAACUCAAGCACAUCAAGCAGUUCCUGCUGCUGUCCAAGAAGCGCACAGCCCUCAUCACGCAGUGCCUGAAGGACUCGGAGACCAGCAAGCCCAAUUUCAUGCCUCGGCUCUACAUUAACCGACGCCUGGCUAUGGAGCACCGAGACAACCCUGCCCUGGACCCCAGCUGCAAGAACGCUGUCUUCACCCAGGUAUAUGAAGGCCUGAAACCCUCAGACAAGUUUGAAAAGCCUCUAGAUUAUAGGUGGCCGUUGCGGUACGACCAGUGGUGGGAGUGCAAGUUCAUCGCAGAGGGCAUCAUCGACCAAGGUGGUGGUUUUCGAGACAGCCUGGCGGACAUGUCGGAGGAACUGUGCCCCAGCUCGACGGACACCCCUGUGCCUUUGCCCUUCUUUGUGCGCACGUCCAACCAGGGUAACGGCACUGGAGAAGCCAGGGACAUGUAUGUCCCUAACCCCUCCUGUAAAGACUUCCCAAAGUAUGAGUGGAUUGGGCAGAUCAUGGGAGCAGCUCUGAGGGGCAAGGAGUUUCUGGUCCUGGCUCUUCCUGGUUUUGUAUGGAAACAGUUAACAGGGGAGGAGGUCAGCUGGAGCAAAGACUUCCCUGCUGUGGACUCUAUGUUGGUGAAGCUCCUAGAGAUGAUGGAAGUCAUGGACAAAGACACCUUUGAGUUCAAAUUUGGGAACGAGCUGACCUACACGACAGUGCUGAGCGACCAGCGCGCGGUGGAGCUGAUCCCCAACGGCAGCAACACUGUGGUGCGCUACGAGGACCGUAGGGAGUUCAUCCGCCUGGUGCAGAAGGCGCGGCUGGAGGAGAGCAAGGAGCAGAUCAUGGCCAUGCAGGCUGGGCUGCUGAAGGUGGUGCCCCAAGCUGUUCUUGACCUCCUUACGUGGCAGGAACUGGAAAAAAAGGUCUGUGGAGACCCUGAAGUCACAGUUGAUGCCCUGAAGAAACUCACCCGGUUUGAGGACUUUGAGCCACAGGACACCCGUGUUCAGUACUUCUGGGAAGCACUCAACAACUUCACCAACGAGGAUCGCAGCCGCUUCCUCAGAUUUGUCACUGGCAGAAGCCGCCUUCCAGCACGGAUCUACAUCUAUCCAGACAAGAUGGGCUCUGAGACAACAGAUGCUUUGCCGGAGUCAUCCACCUGCUCCAGCACUCUCUUCUUGCCCAACUAUCCCACAGCCAAGGUGUGUGAAGAGAAGUUGCGCUAUGCUGCCUAUAACUGUGUGGCCAUUGACACAGAUGUGAGUCCAUGGGAGGAGUGAUGUUGCAGCCUGACCCAGCAGCAUGGACAGUCAUUCAAAAAAAACUGUGCAGUGGGAAGAGCUCCCUUGUUUUUCCAGGAUGUGUAUAUAUAAUAAACAUCUAGGUGAAACUUG